AUGGCUGGUGAGAAAACACGUCUACUCGUUUCUUAUGCAUGGGAAACCGCGACUGACAAAUUUGGAGGUUGCGUCACUUGCCGCCAGCGAAAAGUCAAAUGUGAUGGAAGACCGGGGUUGUGUCGCCGCUGUGAGAAACUGGGCAUUCAGUGUCUAUCGACAGGGUCGCCUCUUUCUCCACAAAGCACAGACUCGGUAGCACGGGCCUCGAAUUUAACUCAGGCUGGCCACAAGCGUCUGCGGAUUCCAGUUGCGUGCGAGACAUGUCGAAAGAAGAAGCUCAAGUGCGACGCUCAGAAACCCGCAUGCUCCUUUUGUAUGCGGAAACAAUCGCAAUGCCUAUAUGUGACAGCUGGUCGGCGAUGGGGCGAACUAGACAGCAAGAUCUCGCCGGGCCUGGGACAUGCACCUUCAGAGAGCUCAGAACAAGCCGCCGAGCUGCCGAGGAACUCAACUCUCAGCUAUGAUACGGCUGAGGCGGGGGAGACGACUUUCCUCUCUAGCCAUGCUGCAGAAGAACAGUUCUCCAGGUCUCCAGGAAGAGUCAGUCAGUCUGAUGUAACGGCAUCGGAAAGAGGUUCUGAGAGGCGGGCGAAUGAAAUGAGUGUGAACUCUGCCCAUAGCCCACGAUCGGCUCCAUCCGAGCCACAAAUGCGCACGUUGGGAAUUCCCUCGGGCCAACAACUGCUACCAUACCUGGAUUCUCUCCUGGAGAAUGUCCACCCAAUUAGUUGUAACAACUUUUUGCAUCCAGGCUACUUGUGCGAAGGCCUUGGCCGAGCACCGGCCUUGCUACUGCUUGCUAUUUGUGCAUCGUCGUCCAAAUUUCUUCCUGGUUCCAGCAGCCGUGGGAACGGACUGAAAUGGGCAGCAGAAGCGAGAAGCUUGAUCACGAGCAACUUCGACCACAUUUCAACGUUGACCAUCUCAGCGGUGCAAUUUCUUGUUUUGCACGAGAUGCACGAAGGAGAAUAUACCUCCGCAUGGAACUUAGUUGGAAUCGCUACUCGAAUGUCGAUGCAACUAAAGCUCUAUGAGCCCAACUCACCGGGGACAUUUCUGCAGCAGGAGUGCCGGCGUCGCCUCAUGUGGGCGGUGCUGGUAUCCGAUCUCCUUUUCGAGAGCAACAGUCAUAUUGACCUAGAACUGCUGAUGGAUGUACCCUUACCGUGCAAUCUAUGGAGCUUCACCCAGGGACAGCCUUGCAAGACUCUGACUCUUCGUCAACUUCGCGGCGUGGUUGAAGAUGAGGCAGUAAAGCAGUCCUCCAAUCACUGCGCAUACCUGAUUAAUAUUCUGGUGAUUCGGCGCAAAAUCUUGACUUACAUGCAAGAGGCCCGGGACUCAAAGAUGGACUUGCCUUGGCUUCCAGGGUCUUACUUCUCUAUGCUAUGUGAAGAGUUAGAAAUAUGGAGGCGCAACUUACCAGCCAACUAUGCUUUUGUUGAGCGUCACAUGUACACUUUCAGAGUCAGCCCGCAUCUCGACAUCUUUCUCAUGAUCCAUGCGUAUUAUCACCAAUGCUGUAUCAUUCUAUUUGGCGCCUUCGUUCCCGAAGAUGUAGGCUCAAAACUCCAACGCUCUGUGGUGCAAAUUCCUCCCGAGUUCAUCCAGACUUGUUCAGAUCGGUAUGUCUCACAUGCUAGAGAUAUUUCGUUCCUGAUACAGAAGGUCUUAAAAGUCGAGCCCGAUCAUCUUUUCCGUGAUCCGUGGCUCGGUCUUUGUAUCUGGGAUUCGACAUCUGCUCUGCUCGCGUCAACUAGGUGGCAAGAAAAUAGGAAUUCUUACAGGGAUGAUGUCACGGAGCUGGUGAAGUUGAAUCUGCGAGCUCUGGAAAACUCUAUGCCAAUUAUAGUUCUGGCUAAGAAAGUCCAUGGAUUUUGUUGCGCUGACGCCAGAGCUUACGGCAUCGAAAUUCCCAAGGGGCUUUCUGUGGAGGAUAUGGAGCGGGCACCAUUCGAGCCAGGGCCAUUCAAUGCAGCUGAUGGGAUAUCUCGGCGAUAUCCGUUCUUCUCCACUAUGAAAACUCAGGAUUCUCCCGAAUGGGAUCAAUUAUUUCAUGCUACCAACGUCGGCAAUCAUGCAGCUCCUACACGGCCAUCUGCAUCGACCCCCUCUCGACCUCUACAUUCAAUUCCCAAACCAGGGUCAUCAACAUUCCAACCUAGCCAGACUCUAUCAAUCACUGAAGAGCUUUCCUACUUGCACACUCCCAGCAUGCCGAUGUUAGCCUCCUGGCCCAUGGAUGAUUUCCAGUGGUGGCAAAUCCAAGAUCCGGACAUGGAUCCGGCAGCAGCAGCAGCAAUUACCGGCCUUGUACCUUCUAUCCCAGCGGAUCAACAACUGCUCCAUCACCAACAUAACAACCAAGAGACAGCCAUAUCAACUCCAUACUACGGCUACGAGCGCGUCCUCGCUGCCAACUUGGUCAGCCCAGGAGACAUACUCCAUAGUGUGGCGGAGGCCUUUGACAGCCGUCAAGUCCUGACUCCCCAAUUAGAACAGCCAUAG